UUCCUCAUACCCAUCUCUUUGUCUGUCUCUGGAGACACAGUGCUUUCAUUUGGACCAAUGGAUGCCCUCCUCACACCCACUCAGCAUUGCCUACCAACUCGACUUUAUAGCCAAUUACCCCAUGCUGCUCAAGAUGCUAGCGAAAACGCGACGAUACAUCGCCAUGCUCACCAGAAACGCUCCGCGUGCUCUUGUAAGGGACACGAAUACGAAGAGCUGGAGAGCGUUUGAUCGGCUAGUUGCCCGAACCAUAGGUUUUUGGCUCCUACAGGGCGAC